AUGGAUUUCAUCAAGACCAGUUCCCUGCGUGCUCUGAUUGAACGGCUCUAUCGAGAAACAUUGUUUCCGCGCUCGGCCAAACACAUCCGUCCGUCUGAAGUCUCGGCCAAAGUCCAAAACCGGCCGAUCACGCAACACGACCCGGGAAACAUUGUCCCGCGGUCGGCCAAGCCAACGUCACGCCACGCCGCGCACGACCAAAGCGCGCGAGCCGGGAAACAAGCCUCGCGGCCGCGCAACCGUUCGCGUACCACGGCCGAUGCAUCCGUCCGAGCCGGGAAAAACGUCCCACGUCCGGCCGAGAAACAUCGGCCAAAUCUUCAUCCGCCGACCACGCCGGCCGACCGUGAAUCCAUCCGACCCCGACCGUUCCGACUCGGCCACGACCCGAUGUCCGGCCGAUCGUCCCGACCGACCGUCCCAACGCCGCGGUCGACCCGAAGCCCUUUUUGA